AUGAAGGCCCUCGCCCUCCUGAGCCUCGCGGCCUCCUCCGCCGCAGGCCAGCUCGUCAGCACCGGCGCCUCCCUCAAGCUCGACGACGUCUACUACUUCGUCUCCCCCUUCUCCCAGGGCAAGGCCUACAACGGCACCCUCAACAUCAAGGCCCUGCCCCGCGCCUUCGGCUUCACCCCCGUCACCGUCGUCUCCGAGACCCUCGCCAAGACCGACCUCCCGGCCCUCUUCGCCAACUGGACCGCCCGCGACGACGUCUGGCAGCCCGCCUUCCUGAGCACCGUCUUCCUCGCCGGCGCCCCGUCCCCGGCCUUUGGCGAGACCUACGACGCCGCCAACAAGACCACCUCCGUCGUCGUCCCCCUCUCCGGAUCCUCGUCCCUCCCGUCGGGCCCCUACUUCCUCGACACCACCACCGGCGACGUCCACCAGGCCUUCCGCCUCUACCCGGACUUCGCCGGCGCCUUCUCCGAGUCCCUCCUCCAGACGCCCGAGCACACCUUCCAGACCCUCUCCGCCCAGAUCCCCGCCUCCGCCUCCCUCACCAUCGGCGUCCCCUCCCGCCUCUACUUCACCCCCACCCCGGAGAAGCCCCUCGCCGGCGUCCGCGUCGGCGUCAAGGACAUCUACUCCCUCGCCGGCGUCCGGGGCUCCAACGGCAACCGCGCCUGGUACGCCCUCUACCCGCCCGCGGCCGCCACCGGCCCCGCCGUGCGGAACCUCCUCGACGCCGGCGCCGUCGUCGUCGGCUUCCAGAAACCCUCCCAGUUCGCCAACGGCGAGGCCGCCACCGCCGACUGGGUCGACUACCACGCCCCCUUCAACCCCCGCGGCGACGGCUACAACGACCCCUCCAGCAGCUCCUCCGGCGCCGGCGCCGCCGUCGCGAGCUACCCCUGGCUCGACCUCGCCCUCGGCAGCGACACCGGCGGCUCCAUCCGCGGGCCGUCGAAUGUGCAGGGCCUCUUCGGCAACCGGCCCUCGCACGACCUCGUCGGCCUCGACGGGGUCAUGCCGCUGUCGCCCACGCUCGACACGCCGGGCUUCCUGACGCGGGACCCCGCGAUCUGGGACGCGGCGAGCGGGGCCAUGUACGGGGACAACUACACCUCGCUGGUCGGCGCGGAGGUGAGGUAUCCCAAGACGGUGUACACGCUGGGGUUCCCCGCGGGGGUGGACAGUCCCGUGGCGAAGAUUUUGAACACCUUCGUGGCGGAGCUGGUCGCGUUUCUCGGGACGGAGGCGACGGAUUUCGAUCUGGAUGAGGCCUGGGCCGCGACGGGGCCGGAGGCGGCGAGGAACUUGACGCUCGACGAGUUUCUGGGUACGACGUACGCCACGCUCAUCACCAAGGAGCAGACGGCUCUCGUCCGCGACCCGUUCUACGCGGAUUACGCCGCCGCCCACGACGGCCGCCUCCCCUUCGUCAACCCCGUCCCGCUAGCCCGCUGGGCCUGGGGCGACGCCCAGCCCUCCACAUCCCUCGCCGAGGCCAAGGCCAACAAGACGGUCUUCAUGGACUGGUUCAACACGGCGGUCCUCGCCCCCUCCCCGGACCCCUCGACGACGUGCUCCUCGGGCCUGCUCCUCUACGUCGGCAGCGCGGGGGUCGCGAACCCGCGGAACCAGUACCCGAGCGAGCCGGGGACGCCGCCGAUGGGGUUCUCGAACGGGCGCAUCUCGGUGUUCAGCGGGGCGCCGGACCACGUGUUUCCGCUGGGCGAGGUCGGCUCUGUGAGCUCCGUGACGAAUCACACCGAGAUGCUGCCCGUCACGGUGGACGUCAUGGCGGCGAGGGGGUGCGACGGGUUGAUCGUGCGGCUGGCGCGGGAUCUGGUGGAGAGGGGGGUGUUGAGGGUGCCGAUGGCCGGGAGGGGGUUGGAGGGGGGUGAGGUUCUGAUGAGGAGGGAUGUUGAUGAGUGGGUUUAG